AGGUGUCGGGUGUAGCGGUUGCGUUUGUUUUGGGUGAUGAUCCCAGGGCAUCUCGCUGCACAGUAUGGCCAACCUGCCGCCCGGGGACCCCAAGCUGGUGUCGCUGAUCGUCAAUCACCUGAAGAGUCAGGGCCUGUUUGACCAGUUCCGCCGCGACUGUCUGGCUGAUGUGGACACCAAGCCUGCAUACCAAAAUUUGAGACAACGAGUUGACAACUUUGUAUCCAGCCACUUGGCAAAUCACACUUGGAGCCCUCAUCUGAACAAGAAUCAGCUAAGGAAUAACAUCAGGCAGCAGGUGCUCAAGUCAGGAAUGCUUGAAGCAGGGAUUGACCGCAUAAUAUCCCAAGUGGUGGAUCCAAAGAUAAACCACACAUUUAGACCUCAAGUGGAAAAGGUUGUACAAGAUUUUUUGGGUACACUACACAACAAGGAGGAUGCCAAUGCAAAUCAUGAGCAGAUUGAGGAGAAGUUUGAAUCUUCCAUUUCUAACACUGGUUCCGUCUCUGCAGUUGGACCUAGCACGAGUGUAGCUAAUGAUGCCAUGUCUAUUUUGGAAACCAUAAGUUCCUUAAAUCAAGAAGCUACAGCUGCCCGUGCCUUAACAGAAAACUCAAACCAUAAAAACUUUGAAAAGGUGUCCAGAAGACUGACACAGCAGAGUAUAGAUGCCUCAUUAGAAAAAGACCGCCCAUCAGAAGAUAUACAGGAUAAUGAAAAACCUGUCCCUGAAAUUCCCAGUGAAAGUGUUGAACAGGCUGUGAAGCAGGAAGAUACAAAUGACAUUUUACCUCCUGUGGAAGACAUAAAAAACUACGUCAGUGAAAUGGUUGCCUGCACUCAAAGCAAAGACAGUGUGAAUGACUUUGACGAGCAAUGGCCUAAAGCAGCUGAGAAAGCAGAGAGAAAAAAUGAGACCCUUGAAAAAGUAGAAAAGAAAGAUGAAAAGAAAGAAAUAAAGACUGAGAAGAAGAAUGAACAUGUAAGAAAGACUGAUGAGGCCACAAGGCAGAAGGAGGAAAAAUCCGUGAAGGAAAAAGACAGUGACGCAGAAUCUGUAAAACACAACGCUGAAAAGAGCAGCAGUAAGCAGAAGCCUGUUGAACCUGUAAAAGAAGAAUGCCCGUCUAUUGAUUCAGACCUGGAUGCUAUGUCAGAUGUGACCGUUAGUUCAGUCCACACCAGUGAUUUGUCCUCGUUCGAAGAAGAUAGUGAAGAGGAAGAGGAGCCUGUGUCUGAUAGUACAGAAGAGGGUGAAAUUACAUCUGAUGAUGAAGACAAAGUCAGCACAGAAACCAAAGCUAAAUCAGCUGGUGAACCGAGUGAAACAAAAGCAAAGGGCACUCGGCAAGCCUAUGUGCACAAACCGUACCUGUAUUCAAAGUAUUACAGUGACUCUGAUGAUGAGCUGACCGUGGAGCAGCGCAGACAGUCUGUGGCCAAGGAAAAGGAGGAGAGACUGUUAAGGCGACAAGUAAAACGAGAGAGAUUGGAGGAAAAGCGCAAACAAAAAGCAGAAGAGAAAGCCAGGGCUUUAAAAAUGAAGGCUCAAGGUAGUACAAACUCUGUUCAUAAAUCUUCAAACGAUCAGAAGUCAAAAACUACCAGUAUGAAAGAGGUACUUAAAGAGCAAAUGUUUUUAGAAAAGAAAGUUGCAAUGAGUAAGAAGAGGAAGAAGGAUAGUAGUGGUUCAUGGAAGAUAAAAACUGAUGUAUUUGAUGAAGACUCAAGGGAUACCCAAAAGUCCAAUGAGUCUCAGGAUAGAAUAUCUUCCUCCACAAAAGACAGUAAAUCUGGAAAAUCUGAUGGCAAAUCAUCCAAAAAAUCAUUUGAACAAGUAGAAGAGCUUAAAAGUGACUCCAGAACUGAAAAAGAGAGUAAAAAGAAAUCAUCUUCAUUUUUAGAAAAAACACAAGACCUAGAGACCCACGAUACUAGAAGGCAACUAGAGAGAUUAGACUCAAACUCUGAAGAACAUCAGAAGUCCAGAACAUCCAGCAAACCUGACAAACAUUUAAAAAAAGAAAGCAUUGACAGUGAUGUAAUGAAUGUAAAGGGUACACCAAGAAAAGAGCCAAAAGCUCAUAAAAGUGAACGAACAUAUUCGGACGAUCGAUCGUCCACCAAGCAUAGGCAUAAGACAGACAAUGGACAUAAACAAGGAAGUGAUGAAUCUGACUCUCAGAAAUCUAAGAGGACAACUAAAGUUGACAACCACUUGCACAAACACGCUAAACCCAGUUCAGAAGAGAGGUCUGACCGGAAAGGGAAACAAAAAAGUGAUGUAAAGUCGUCAUCUUCAUCCAGUAAAGAGGAAAGAACAUCUGAACAUGCUAGCAAAAAAGACGUUCCUCGACGUGAUAGUAGUAAAAAAGACAGACAUCUGUCUUCUGAAAAGUCUAGAUCUGAGCACCGUUAUAAACGGUCAACAAGUGACUCCAGGGACCACAGAGAAUCUCCAAGUAUGUCAAAGGCACAUUCAUCUCAGAAAAAGUCAAAGAGUUCAUCAGAUGAUAAAAAUGAGGCCGACUCUGCCAAUUCUGAUCAAUCCAGACAGGAGGAAAACAAAGACAAAAAAAGACUACAUAGCUCCUCAGAUGAAAGGCUCCAUGCCAAAGCAAAAUUUAAAAGUAGCAGUAACAAGUUAUCAAAACCAAAUGACCAAGAAGAGGCAGAAAAUAAAAAUGAAAAGGAUAAGGUUGCAGUUGACAGUUCUACUGAAAAGUAUCGGAAAACAAAGUCUGAAGAUAAAGAUAUUGGAGAAAGAAGGGACAGUAAUUCUCAGGCCUCAAGCAGUACAGCAAAAGAAACAAGCCACAAGCCCAAGCAUACAAGUGAAAAAUCAAAGGAAAGGGCUCGCCUUGACAGCAAGGAACAUGGAUCUUCUAAGCUCGAGAAGAAAAUGUUUGGGGAAAGCUCCAAGAGUUCGAACUUAAAGCAUAGUCACAAAGAGGCUAAACGGAAGGAAGAUGGAAGGAAAGCAGAGGAAAGAUCUGCUAAGAAUUCAGAUGAAAAAAGAAUUCAAGAACGAAGUAGUAGCUCAGAUACAAAAGUGGGUAAGAAAACAUCUUCGGAGUCCAAAAGUGAAAGUUCUAAGGAAACGAGUGCAAAGAAAGGCUCCAGAUCAGAAGGUGAAAGUGAUGGCCUCUCGACUGAAUCAGGAUCUGGUGAGACUAAAGAUCCCAGAGAUCAUAAAAAAACAGGAAGUGUAAUGGGUGAAAACGAAAAGCCAUCUGUAGCUGUAAAGGUUGCAGAUCUAUCAAAAAUAACACAUCCUGACAACAGCAAACCUCAAUCUUCAUCUGAAAUCCCUUCUUCCAAAAAGCCCAUGCUAUUAAAAUCCAAGUCAAAGCAUGGAAACAGUGAAUUAAAUGACAGUAAAACUAGUGAUCUCUAUAAAAAUACUUCUAAAACUUUACUAGGACAUGAUCUAAGUUCCAUUAAAGACUCGGAUACUUCAACUUGCGACAGCAUAGAUGAAAAUGAAAAGACUGUCUUCAGUUCAAAAGAUGGUACUGAUGUUACAGAAGAGUCUGAUGCAGGAAUGCCUUCUAAGAGAGCCAGAAGUUCAUACAGUGGGAUAGAGGAUCUUGCUGGAUCUAGCACAAUAAAAUGUUCUGCUCGGGAGCAAAGGGAAUUGGAUUCCACGCCACAUAGUAUUGACCAUUCCAGUGUUUCCCCCAUUGAAAUAUAUCCUGAUGUAGCAGACUCAAAUGAUGGGGAGAUUUCUACAAGUGACCUAGCAGGAGAAUGUUUGAAGGAAAUUAAUAAUGAGCGUGUUAAUAUUCUGGUCCCAUUGGACAGUUUGGAGGUUGAUGAUCUCGUUACUGGAAAUGAGGUUGAAGGGGACAUUUCUGUUAAUCCGGUUAGAGAAAAAAAUGAAAAGAUUUCAGAUGCACUACAAGGACAAAGUAGCUCUGAUAAUGUGACUGGCAUGGAAAGAAAUAUUGGUAGCAGUAUUAUGGAACCCAGUAAUGAAGGGAUUGAUAGUAUUGCCCCUAGAGAAGGCAAUGCGAGUAGAAAGAAAAUUGAGCAUGAUGCAACUGCUACCUCUUCCAGCUUCCGGAUAGAAAACGAGUUAAGGCAAGGUGUUGAUGAUACUGCGUCAUCUUCCAAUACACCAGUUGAUAACAGUACAGAUGAGACUUGCAUAGAAACGGAACGGGAAAAUCUGGAUAACAGCAGGGAAUACACAUCCUCUGCUUCUGCAGAUGGUAAUUUUGUUGAAGACGAUGGAGACGAUAGAGACGUUGCAAUGUUAUCAGAGAAUAGCUUUGAAGAUACUGCUACCUCAUCAAGCUCUGAUAGGAAACAUUACAAUGAAGAUAGCUUUUUGGAGCCCUCACUGUCAGAAAAAAGGAGAGAAAAUGCUGCCACUUGCUCUCAGAGUACAACAGAUACAACAGAAAAAGUUGGUAAUGUUACCUUUAAAGCUGCUACUUCUUCAAGUGCCUAUAUAGAACAUUCAGAAAACACCCAUGAUAAUGCUGCAUCUUCUUCUGACAAUGCAGAAGGAAGUAAUCUUGAAGCAGAAAUUUUAAACAAUGUCAGUGAAACAGCCACAUCUUCUGAUGGCAAUGCAGAGAGUGCCAGCUCUUGUAGAGCUUCUGAAAUGGUUAGCCAUGUAGCAACUUCUUCAGAAGGUGAUGGAGCAUUUGAUAUUUCUGAAAAUAUUGCAGCUCAGUCUGCUACCUCAUCAAGCUCCUCAGCAGGUAUUAAUUUUGGCCUUGGGAUUUUGGAAAGGCACACAGCCACCUCGUCAAGCAGCAUGAUUAAUAGCAGUAGAGAACUAAACUUUGGCUCUUUGGUUUCCUCUGAAAUUGAUAACGAAAACAUAGCAGCAUCAUCCAGCACUGUAAUGGAUAGCAGUAUGGGCGAUGAUUCUAGUGAAUGGCUUAAAGAUGCGUCAGAAAGAGAGAGUGAAGAAGCAUCAAGUUCUUCCAGUAACCUUCCUAGUACUUGCAGAAGUAAACAUAACUUUGGUAAUGUAGACGAUAGUAAGAAUACUCGAGCCACCUCAAGCACACAGCAAGAUGGCAUGAAUGAUACAGGUAUGGACAUCAUCUCUUCUGGCACCUCAAAAGAAUAUCCAGGCAAUUCAUCUGAUCUUGCAAUGGAUAGUAGCACUGAAGCAUCAGUUUCCGUCAGCAGUGAGUUUUAUUCUGGUGCUACAAUGGGAUGUUCCAGUAGUAGGGGAGAUCAAAGCCCUGAGAAUGAUACAUUUUUGGAACAGACAAAGGAAAAAGACAGUGCAGCAUCUUCCAGUAGUGGAGCAUCCUUAUCUCUAACGCAGACUGUGGGUGAUGAAGCGGCAUCACCCUCGAGCUCUUUUACUAGUAGCGACACUCCACACAGGCUCAUUAGAAGCACAUUGAACUCUGAAAACACAGAAGCCACAGCAUCAUCAAGCUUUGCUAUGAAUAGCAGUAGUGAGCAGUAUUUUAGAACCUCUCCAGGAAACAGCUCUGAUACUACAGCAACUUCAUCUAGCAGUUCAGUUAACCGUAGUACCUUCAUUGAUGUAAAUCACAACAACAUACAGCCCACAGCAUCAUCAAGUGUGUCAAUGGACAGCAGUACCGGCGAAGAUCUGAACAUAAAUGUUGCAGGUUUGUGUAGCAGAACAAAUACUGCAACAUCCUCUAACAGUAUGGACAGGGCAUGCCUAGAACAAUCAACAAAAGACGGAGGUCCUGCCUCUUCAAGCAUAAUGGAAACAAAUAGAACUAAAGAAAAUGUGGAAGGUACUGUUUUUGCAGAUAAAGUUAAUGAACAAGCAGCUACAUCGAGCGAUAUGAUGGACAGCAGCAUAGAAGAUGAUAAAACAUGUGAUGCUCUUUCCAACAAUAACCCUUACGCCACAACAUCCACAGGCACAAACAUUGAUUUGGAUAAAGAUAUGGAUGAUGGAUGUGAUGUUAAUAGUGAAGCCACAGCAGCCAGUUCAAGCAAUACCAUGGGGUCACCACUGGACGAGGGUGAUGACAAUGCAACGUCAUCAGAUUAUACCAUGGAUAAUAGUGUGGAAGGUGUGGCACAGGCUUCAGGACUGUCAAAGAAUAUUGAAGCUGCUAGUUCUUCAAGUUAUGGUGAUGGCAGGGUUCAAGAAAUUAUUACUGAAACAUCUGAAAACAGACAGGUAGUUGAUGAUGCCACAACUUCUUCCGGCAUUGAAAGACAAAAUGAGCUAGUUAUUAGUGGUGUUCAUGAGAGUCAUAGCAAUGAAAGCAGUUGUAGAUCUAUAGAGAUGGCUGCGGAGUCGAGUUUUGUUGCUAACCAUAGUAAUAUUGCUAUUUCUGGUACACUACAAGAUGCUGUUGCUCCGUUACACGCAGAUGAGGAGGAUGUUGGACAUGUUGAAUUGAAUGCCAAUGAUGGAAUGAAUUCAGUAAAUUAUGAAAACAAUGAUGAAAAAGAAGACACAGUCAGUAGUGCCAGCUCUGAGGAACAAAGAUUUGUUGGUAAUGCGUCUAGACAGGCCACAAGGCAGCUUGGGGAUGGAGAAACGGAUAGUACUGUCACCAGUGCUGGUACAGAUGCAGGAGAGUCAUCUGUGAGUAGGGAAAACUCUGAAGCCUCUGUCACCCGUGCAGAUAAAGAAGUUGUUAAUGUUGACAUCAGCGUUGUGGAAGCUAACUUUCCUGUGGAGGAAGCUUCUGUUUCACAUGCAAGUGAUCAAGAUUUAAAUGAAGAUCAAGUGUCUGAAGCCUCUGCAGACAACAGAACAGGUGAAGAAUCUGAAGAUGUAUCUAUUGAAAAUGCCCCUAAUGAAAUGAUUGCAGAAGCAGGCACCGAAAAUGAAGUUGUGCGGACUAAUCAGCCGAUGACAGAAGAAGGUGAAGGGGCUGUGACAAGUACAGGUAUAACCGAAGAAAAUUAUGGUGAUAAAACCUUACAAGGACAAAAUGAAGUAGCAUGUUCUGGAGAGACGGAGACCAAUGAAAGUGCCGGUAUGAACGUACCAGAAAACCUUGGCCCUAGAGCCAUUACUGAAGAUGAUGAAAGUGCCAUUACAAGCACUGGUGCUAAAGAGGAUGAGGAAGAGGGUGAAGGAUUUGUUACAAGUUCUGGGACACCUGGUGAGGAGUCUUCAUUUUUGAACACUGUGGAACACAACUCCUCCACUUUGAUGCAUACUGCUGAGAAACCUAAAGAAAGCACGGCGAACCCUGAUGAAGAAACAGCUGAGGAAGUGGAAGAUUUAAACUCAGAAAUUCUUGAGUGUGUUACAAGCUUCACUACGGCACCGGAACAUUUAGAGAAUAACCCUGAAGAUGGUUCAUCUGGUACAACCCAAAGUUCUGAUUUGGAGAGCGAAAACCAACCUGGAACACAAGAAUUGAGUUCAGAUAUUUCUGUGGGGCCACAGAGCUGUCAAGUACAAGCAAAUGAAGCCUUGCUUAACUCUGAUAUAAAUAGUGGAACUUCACAUUCUGAAGUGGCAAAUCAAAUACGUGUAGAAAGCUUGACAGAGUCCGUAGGUGAUUUCUUGCCGGAGAACAGCACUCCCUCAGAAGACAAUUUAGAGCACAUCCAAGCACAAACUCCCUCAAAAGAUCAUACUGACGACCCUCUUACUGUGAAAGACACAGCUACUAUUAUGGAAAAAGAUAAUGUUAGCGAAAACAUUCAUUCAGAAUCAAAAUCAGAAAGAACUGAUACAUCAAGUGGUGAUCAUGAUGAUUUUGCAAGUACAUCCAGAAACUCUGAUGUGAUAUUUAAACAAGCAGAAGAAAUGCAAAAUGCUACCUCAACUGAUGCCUCUAAAGACAGCACCCCUAAAUCUGAAAAGGAUUGUGCCCCUGAGGAUGAACAGUCUCAGCCAGAAAUCGAGGCCCAUGUGCGGGAUCAGGAAAAUGUAGAAAACACUGAGGUGGAAAGGCCAAACAAGAGGGAAAGUCUUGAUGAACAUGAAGGGACGAGGGCGGUGCCUGCUGGGGUCUCUUUCCUGUGCUGGGGCUCUGGUUUGGCAUAUAUAUUUGCCGGGGACAUGGAUUGUGGGGACAAGCUGACUGCAGUGCCCUUCUCCCUUGGUGUCUGCGGAUUGUGGGACAAGUCCCCUUUGUCGCUGGACCGGGUGGUUCGGUUGUCUCGGGAUGCGAGGGCCUCCCUGGUCUGGUGGCUUCGGUCUCCGUCCCUGGUGUUGGGGUCUAAAAAUCAACAUUUGGAAGAAAAGAGUGUAAAGGAAGAGAAAAAAAUAGAAUCCCAGUCUGCUUCUGUGAGAAUUGAGAUCAAGCCUGAAGAGGAACAACCGGAGCCUAAAAGAAAACGAGGACGACCUCCAAAAAAGCGCACCCUGUUGUUAUCAAUGAACGCAGAUGCCGAAGUGAAGAAAGGAAGUGCUGAACAAGAACGUCCUGUCCAUGAAAAAAGACGAACUGAGGGUAAAGGCAGCUUGAAUGAAGGUGCUUCUUACAAAGAGAAGAAAGAUGCAGAGUCCAAAAAUUCUGAGGUUACAGAUUCAGAAAGAAGUCCUGAAGCCGUACCACGGAGAGGAAGAAAAAAGAGACGUUCUUCUGAGAAUGAAGGCUCAGAGUCAGAGAAAAAGCGUAAGAGGACAGACAGUACUGAGGAGGCUGAAGAAGAGGAAGAUCAGGAGGAUAGUGAGAGCGAUGAAGAUAGCCCUAGAGGAGCAACAACAAGGGCUGCCUCCCGCCUGGAAGCCCAAAGCAAACUACCACACAAGCCAACAACGAGAGCGGCUGCAAAAUUAAACAGCCCUGAACCCCGCCCUGAUAGGAGACGUAAAAUUAAGUCUCCCGAGUCCAAGACUGGAAAAACUGCAAAGCGAUCAGCCCUGCAGCAGACACCACAAACAAGUGGAACAAAGAGGAAGAGAGAGGCUAGCCCGCCAACACCAAGGACUAGAGGACGGCACGCCUCAGGAGAAACGGCGGGGAAACGAAUGAAGCGCCAAUGAUUGUAUAAAUUUCCUAGGUUGUUUUUUUUUGUAGUAUUGUAUUCUAAUUUAAUACACUGUAAAAAGUUUGGUGUCAAAAAAGGUGCUUAGAAAUGUAAAUGAAUAUACACAUAUAACGCCGUUAUAUGGGGGAAAUGUUUCAUAUUUUGUUUAGUUCUAUGUAGGAGAUCCCCCGAGUUGUUACUCCAGAUUUGUUAAAUGUACAGAAGAGUCACCAGAUCUCAAUAUAAAAACUGAAGUACAGGAAAGAAAAGUCAUAGCUCAUAGCAACCACUCCGUUCCCAUCUGUGAUUUUUCUCACGAAGGUUAGUUAGAGAAGAACCUGGUUGCUAUAGACAACAACCACUUAAUGGCUUUCCACUUGUUUUUCUGAGGUCUCUAGUGUAGCAGCUGCAAUAUAUAUGUAUAAAUAUGUAAGAUAUAGUUUAAAGAAUUCUAAACAAAAGUCAUUGGGCAGUAUUCAAAACCUCUUGGGUUUAUACAUUCAGACUUUUCUUGUCCUUUUCACAGG